CACGUAUCUUGUCAUCCGAGAAGCAAGCAUAUGUGUAGAGUCAUUCUGCAGUACGUCCUGUACCAUCUAAUUUUUCGCGAGAGCCGCCAUGUGUGGACAUUUCCUGCUUGCAGCGUUGGCUUUGUCUUAUUGUAUUGGCAGCGAAUCGACAAACCCAGUGCCAGGUGGUCGGGUUCUGCACUUCCCUGAACCAGAUAACACCAUCUCUUGGUCACAUCUACAGGCGAAUACCCCCGAUCUGGAUGUUUUUACAGCCUGCGCAUGGAUCAAAACCACCCGCACCACAAGCGGCCCCAUUCUAUCCUACGGCUCAGAGAGUUGUCGCCAGUGUAUUGAACUUGAAUACAGCCCCGUUGGUCACGGCUACUCCGUUCUUUUGAAGGGCGAUAAUGUAUUGGGUGGGUCCUCUCGUGCUGAAGCGCCCCUACCGGCCGAUGGGAACUGGCACCACUGGUGUUUGGUGUGGAGUGGUGCCAAGAGAGAGAUUAAUAUCUACAGGGAUGGCCUCCACGCGCUGAGUCAACAUGUUAAAGUUUCACGCAUACCCGGAGGUGGCAAUUGGGUGGUUGGACACACCCAUUACGAGGCAACGCCUUAUGCAUAUCCUAGGCAUCCUUCAUUUGUCGGAUUCGUCGGCGGCGUCAACGUCUGGGACCAUGAUAAAGUCGACAUCCCCGGCCUAGCAAUUUGUGGAAAUACUAACGAGGGAAGUCUCAUAUCCUGGAAUACUGUCACCAAGAAUAACUUCAAGGUUGCGACAUAUAAAGAGAGCUGUUAA